UCUGGGCCUCGCGCCUGCGCCCUCAGCAGCAACAGCCGUCGUCUUAGAGGCCGGAGGACAAGAUGGCGGAGCCUCUGGUGACGCCUCCGAACGACUUGAUGCAGGACCAGGACCGGGACGGCGCGGGAGAGCUGUCUCCCUACCAGAGAUUGAGCCAGCGCAUGCAGGAUGUCACGGGAGACCGGGGCGUGCUCAAGGAGGUCAUCCGGGAGGGGGCCGGAGACCUGGUGACCCCCGACGCCUCUGUGUUAGUGAAAUACUCUGGCUACCUGGAGCACAUGGACAAGCCCUUUGACACCAACUGCUAUAGGAAGGUCCCUCGCCUGAUGAAGCUGGGAGAAGAGAUCACUCUGUGGGGAAUGGAGGUGGGCCUGCUGACAAUGCGGAAAGGGGAGCUGGCCAGAUUUCUCUUCAAGCCACGAUACGCCUACGGGGCCCUGGGCUGCCCGCCCUUGAUUCCACCCAACACCACGGUCCUGUUUGAGCUGGAGCUGCUGGACUUCCUGGACUCUGCCGAGUCCGAUGAAUUCUUCGCUUUAACUGCCAAGCAGCAGGACGUGUUCCCUCUCGAGAAGGUGCUGAAGGUGGCGGGCACAGAGCGGGAGUUUGGCAACUACCUCUUCCGCCAGAACCGCUUUCACGACGCCAAGGAGAGAUACAAAAGGGCCUCCUUGAUUCUUUGCCGCAGACCUUUCCACCCUGGGGAACAGGGUCAAAUAGAGAGUGCCAAGCUCCUGGUCUUCCUUAACCUGUCCUUCACUUACCUCAAGUUGGAACGACCCAGCCGGGCCCUGAUCUAUGGAGAGCAAGCCUUGGCUAUAGAUCAGAGAAAUGCCAAGGCCCUCUUCAGAUGUGGACAGGCGUGUCUCAUCAUGACUGAGUACGAGAGAGCUCGGGAUUUCCUCGUCCGAGCCCAGAGAGAACAGCCGUUGAAUCAUGACAUCAACAACGAGCUGAAGAAGCUAGCCAGCUGUUACAGACACUACAUGGAUAAAGAGAAGGAAAUGUGCUACCGGAUAUUUUCUCCUCUUAAUUCUUCUGCUGUGCAACAGAACUGAAGCACCCACAGCCUGGCCAGGGUCGGCACAAGAGCAGAACUCUGCAGGAUGGCAUCGUGGGGGCAAAGAGAGCCCCAUGUCCUGGAGGAGGAGCUGGGCCCUCGCGUCUCUGAGCUCCCAGCACCCAUGGUUCUCUCCAGACUCCUCCUCAGGCUUAAGCGGCCGGGCACACUCCUGGUGCCCGCUGCCCUCGCCAGCUCUCCCUGCCGAAGCCGGGCAGCCCACGUGCCCAGGGAGCCUUUUUGUAACCACCCUCCGAAGGUGGGGCUUGGGGAAGCAGGGCGGCUCCCGCUGGGCGCCCACUGUCCGAGGUGGCCGGGCCUGGGGGCCUGAAUAUCCGCCGCCUCCAAGUGGAGAAGCCCUCGGCCCUUUCCCCCAGGAAGUUAAAGGGGGUUUUGGUUUUUUGGGGGUUGUUUUGUUUCUUAAUGGAAGCUGUUCUUGGCUUUUCUCUCGACACCCUUCCCGGCUCCUGAAGUGCUUGUGUAAAUAGUUGGACACGGAGCUGGCUGUCAGUGUUUACAGAGGGUUUGUUGUUUCAAAGGAGAGAAUUAUGUUCAGGAUUUUGUUGUUGUGAAGAAAUAAAAAAGAGUUUCCUGUCCUUGGAAUAAG